AAUGCGUUGUGAAUUGGAUAGAAUUAGUUCCUAUAUACGGGCUGAUCCUUUUCAUUUCCAUAGCUUCAUAGCUUCGCUUAGCCACCUUAUUCAUUUACUGAUAUCAAUCGAGGGUGAUCGAAGAUGGAUCAUGCUGCUGAAGCUCAUAGAACUGACCUGAUGACCAUCACUCGUUUUGUUCUGAAUGAGCAGUCCAAGCAUCCUGAGGCACGCGGUGAUUUCACCAUCUUACUCAACCACAUAGUUCUCGGCUGCAAAUUUGUCUGCUCCACUGUUAGCAAGGCCGGCCUUGCAAAGCUAUUUGGACUUGCUGGGGAGACAAAUGUUCAGGGUGAAGAACAAAAGAAAUUGGAUGUGCUUUCAAAUGAAGUUUUCAUCAAGGCAUUAAUUAGCAGUGGUCGCACUUGCAUUCUUGUUUCCGAGGAGGAUGAAGAGGCUACAUUUGUGGAACCAUCAAAGCGUGGAAGGUACAUUGUUGUUUUUGAUCCAUUGGAUGGAUCCUCCAACAUCGACUGUGGUGUUUCCAUUGGAACUAUCUUUGGGAUUUACAUGGUGAAAGACAAGGAAAAUCCAACUCUUGAUGAUGUAUUACGCCCUGGGAGUAAUAUGGUAGCUGCUGGUUAUUGCAUGUAUGGAAGCUCUUGCAUGCUGGUGCUUAGUACUGGAAAUGGAGUCAAUGGCUUCACACUUGAUCCAUCCCUUGGGGAAUUUAUAUUAACCCACCCUAAUAUUAAGAUUCCAAACAAGGGAAAUAUUUACUCAGUAAAUGAAGGAAAUGCAAAAAACUGGGACAAGCAAACUGCCGAAUAUGUGGGAAAAUGCAAGUUUCCCACAGAUGGUUCAUCUGCCAAGUCUCUCAGAUACAUUGGAAGCAUGGUUGCUGAUGUCCACAGAACAUUAUUAUAUGGUGGCAUCUUUUUGUACCCUGGUGACAAGAAAAGCCCAAAUGGGAAACUACGAGUCCUUUAUGAAGUUUUCCCAAUGUCCUAUCUAGUUGAGCAAGCAGGAGGGCAAUCUUUUACUGGCAAAAAGCGGGCACUUGAUGUGGUUCCAGAGAAGAUACAUGAGAGGUCCCCAAUAUUCCUUGGAAGCUAUGACGAUGUCGAGGAAAUUAAACGACUUUAUAAGGCUACUUAAGAAACUUUACCAUAGAGAUUUUGUUUGUUUUAAUUUGAAAUGCAUUGUUUUGUUUUGUUUUUUUGGCAAUGAGAUAAGAAGGUCUAGAUUUGGAUUAUAUGUGCAAUUGCGGAUGAUGCACAUUCUUAGUUUAAAGCAAGUAUGCAACAGUUUCAAGUUUGCAUAUAGAAAUAGGAAAUGAUCAAAAAUUUUAACAUCC